CUAUUCUCAACGUUAAUGCUACUCGAGCUUGAGAUUUUAUCGGCCAGGAUUCGCAGUUGGGUAGGCUAUUCAUUUAUAUAUAAUAAAUAUAUAAUUUGUGACUUGGUUAUUGAUUCACACAUAGCCUAUUAAAUUAACAUUGCGCCUACAAUGCUUCCAUAUAGCGGGCAUCAAUCUUGUCCAUCCCACCUCACCAGCGCAUCAGUCUCCUCCCAUUUCUUUGACACGGCUAUUACGCGUUGUUUAUUUAGCCAGCAUCUAUCUGGGCACCUAAUUAGAAGAGGAGCAUAUACAAAAUUGGACAUCUCUUCCUGUUAUUAACGAGCAUGCUUUCCGUCAGUGUUCAGUCAUUUAAAUUGGUAAAGUAGGAUAGGCUACCAUAGACCGCUGAAGAACAUGAGGACAUAGCCUAUCAGCAUCGAGGAGGACAGCUGAAGAAAUUGCAUGAUGCUAAUCUAUACUACCCUUAAAAUAUUCAGAUGCUGCAUGUCUGGGAUGGUCCAUGAUGGUCCAAGUAACAGCCUGCAAAUUCUCUCCCUGAAAUGGACAGUAAAUUCAUCGUUUACUCUCUUUGGAUCAGCCAGUGAUCGCUAUUCUUUGUGAGCAAUGCACGAAAGCUUCGAGAGAAAGGAAACUGUGGAUGUUGCCUUAAUGGAGAAUGAGGCGGAGGGCGUAUCAGUCAGGAAGGAAACUGGCAAGUUGCUAUGCACCUUGAGCUAUCUAGAAAUCUGUGCAGAAUGCAAGCAGCCUUUUCACAACCGCGAGGCUAUGCUGUUGCCAUGUCUGCAUUCAUUAUGCAAGGCAUGUGUGCCGUUGCCCUGGCGGAGUUUGGUGACCUCCGAUCAACGAGGAGCUUCUCCAGCCAACGAAGGGUCCAAACCACUGAAUGUGAUCCGCUGUCCAGUGUGUCGACAAGAGUGCAUGGAUGUGGAUGUGAUGGAGAACUUCUUUGUGAGGGACUGUGUAGAGAUGCCCAGUUCCACGGUGGAUAAGCCUUCUCAGCUGUGUCUAAGUUGUGAUGACAACACGGUGGCCUCUGGCUUCUGCGAGGAGUGUGUGGAGUUUCUGUGUGUCACCUGCAUUGAUGCCCACCAGAGGGUGAAGUUCACCAAGGACCAUCACAUCCGACAGCAGGAGGAGCUAUCACAGAGAUGGGGGGGUUCCACACCAAAGCCAGUGUUCUGUGAUGUUCAUAAACAAGAGCCCCUCAAAUUGUUUUGUGAGACAUGUGAUCGUCCAACAUGCAGAGACUGCCAGCUGCUGAAGCACAAAGACCACAAUUAUCAGUUUUUAGAAGACGCCUAUAGUAACCACAGAAGGAACAUGGAGGAUAUGGUUUUUCAGCUACAAGAGAAAAGAAAAUGCAUUGAGGAAGUUUCCAACUUAAUAAAUAAUGGGCUUGCUCAGGCUGAUGAAAACUACACAACAGUUCACAAUGAGAUCAAAAGUUCAAUGUGCAGUUUGAUUUUAGAGAUUAAUAAAAAAGGGAAAAUGCUGUUAAACCAGCUGGAGAGUCUUACUAAAGAUCACCGUAACAGUCUUAAAAAACAACAGCAGGAUGUUAGUUCCUUAUCCAGGCACUUGGAUCAUGUGAUCACCUUUACUAAAUGGGCCACUGGAAGCAAUGGUGGCACUGCUCUCCUCCAGUGCAAACGCCUGAUUCUUUUCCAGAUUAGGAACCUGCUAAGGACCAAAUGCAGCACGACAUUUGUGCCACAGAGCAUUGUCCACUUCCAGGGCAAGUCAGGAUACUGGGCCUCCAAUGUUGAACUCGGCUCUUUAGUGGUGGAAAACAUCCCAGGUCUUCAGCUGAAUGGCUUCCAGGGCCUCUGCCCCGCGACCCACCCCGGGCAGGGCUCUCCCGCCAGCCUGCCCCCGGGGCCCUCCCAGCAGCCCCAGACGUGGCACAGCACGCUGGCUCAGCUUCAGAUGCAGGUGGAGAGGCUGGCACCACAGCAGCCGUCACCAGCAGCUCCCCCUCCCCACUGGGCGUGGUGCCAGAGUGUGCCCCUCCCUCGGCCGCCGUCCACCCGCCCCCAGAGAGGCUUCGAGGGGCCGCAGGGCUUCCAUCCCUUGGCUCAUCAGGGCCGGGGGUUUAUGCUACCCCAGCACCACCAGUUUCGCCCCAGCAGUGCUAUGACAAGCCCUGGAUCGCCAAAUCAGAAUUUAAGGGGAGUUGUGAUGAGCCCUGGCUGUUCACCCAGACACAUGGACGUUAUCCAGACUCGGAGCACACUCCUGUACUCCCACUGUCCACCUCUGGCUAGCCAUGACCAACUGAGCUCUCCGUUCCCCCUACACCAGAGGAAUGACAUGAGUUUCUCCUCCCCCUUGCCAAGACCCACCCUUCCACAAACAACCUUCAUUCCAGGAAGUGGUGCUCCACCAAGCUAUCAACAUCAUUGCAAAUCUCCUCAUGCACAGCCUGAUAGAGAAACUAAGGUGUCUGUGGGGCCAUGCAGCUCAGUAGCGAAACGCCGCAGGCGGUCAUCUCCGGGCCCCGUCAUCAUCAUUAAAGAUGAGCCUGAAGAGCUGGACGACAUGAGAUAUAUGCAGCGCACCCUGAGACCCAGUCUUCCCGACAGCACAGGGGAUCAAGGCCAGACUCCACAAGAUGUGCACAGAGACGGUUCUCACCACAACACGGGGGUCCAAACUGUGGUUUCACAACACAGAGCGCCAGACUGGCCACUAGUUGUUCAGCACGGGACUAAAGCGGAAACCUCGCAGGUUCCACAACAGGGUAUGACUGACCAGUCCAGUGUUUCCUUACAGAACUCAGAAAAACAGACUUUGACCUCUCAGCAGGGUCCUGAAGGUCAGUCCUCUCGACACGCUGAUGCAGAGCAAACCCAGGCCACAGAGUCCAGCUCAGGACCACUGCCUUCCUCUGAUGCUUCCUCUAAUGACUCCACGCAAAGCCCUCUCCAGAGCGCUGAGGCCCAGUCCAAAGGUCACGGCCAGAGAGCCAGCACCCCACCGGCCCCUUCAGGGAAGCAUGAGGCUGUGCAGACACCAGAAUCAACAGAGGACAGAGGAACAGAGGACUGGUGCAGUGUGUGCCAGACAGGGGGAGAGCUGUUGUGUUGUGACAAGUGCUCUAAAGUGUACCACAGCUCCUGUCACAUCCCCGAGCUCCUCAAAGCCCCUCGUGGUCAAUGGUUUUGCUCACUUUGUCGAGACAUCUACAAACCUGAGAUGGCGUACGACAGUGAAAUUCUUACGGAGACCACAACGGAGACUGAGACCACUGCCAUGAUGGAGCCUGUGGAUAGAAGGAAAUGUCAAAGGCUUCUACUACUGAUAUAUUGCAGUGAAUUAAGUGCAGAAUUCAGGAGGUCAUUGCCCCUCACAUUUGAACACCAACAAUGUGACACAGAUAAACCUCCAGUGCAGCUCUCCGUGGUGAAAAGCAAGCUCGAGUCACAGCAAAGUUCAUGCUACUGCAAGCCAGCUGAGUUUGUCUCUGAUGUGAGAAUCGUCUUUAGAAACUCUUUCAACUUUUAUGAGACAGACUCAAAUGUUAAGGUUGCAGCAGCAAACCUGGAGAAGUUAUUUGAGGAACAGCUGAAGAGUAUGUUUCUUGAAAUCACAUUUCUUUAAGUCUGGUAUGGGGUGAGGAAUUUAUAGCUCAGACCACUUUUUCAAUGGUGACAACUACUAAAGCAUUUCAAAGAGUGCAGACAAAAGUUCUGACUCUUCACAAUACAAUGAGUACUGUGACUUGAGCCAGGAGGGCAGUUAAUGCCAAAGGCCUCAAAUCAAACCCAUGGCUCACCAGCGCGGUCAUGAACACAACACGACAUUUAGAAAUGAAUGACGCAGACAUGUGUCAGCAGUGGGGACAUUCAGAUGGUUUAUUUACAAUGUUGUGCUUGUUGUCAUGCCAGAGCCACAAAACACACAACUUUAAGCAAGCUUCAGAAGAACAGAGAAAUGACUUCUGUGACUUUGGGGCAGUGUGUUGGGCUUCUGUUCUAAUCUUGAGGACGUUCCAAAACAUGAGGGAUUAAAGGGUUUAAAGUAAAGAGGAACCCAUGCCAAGUUAGCUUGACAUAGAGACACAGCUGCCCUGGUACCCUUCCAAAUCUACUCCGACAGACUAGAGCUGAAUUCCAGUCAAUAGAUGUUAGAUGUCUGUAUGACGAAAACACAGAUAAAUCUUUCAAUAAUUUGUAUCAGAUGAAAGUUUAUUUACAAAAGCAUCCAUUUUGAUAAGUAGUUAUAAUUUGCCUUCUUGUAAUGUGACUGAUUGGCAGGCGUAUUGUACUGUGAAGCAGGGUAUGAGAAUAUCUCCUUCAUAGGAGUGUACAAAUCUUUACUUUUUAAUAUGGUUUUAUAGCGUUUGAAACAACCCAGACUACAGACAACACUCAAUUGAAUUGCCUUGUUAACAAACACAGAACCUUUCCAGAAUCUUCUGAUAUCUUGGGAUUUGCCCUUUUCUCUUGGACAUACAGAAUAAUAAUCUAAUGGCAGCCCUUAACAAGACAAGCAGCAAAUCGGUAAUGUACGUUUUCAGAUGUUUACAUGAGGCAUGGAUAUGGGCUUUCCAGUUAAAAUACAGUAAAGUUGUAAUCAGUGUUUUUAGGAUAACACACAUCUGCACCUAAUGCAAACCAAACAGAUGUAUAACCAACAGGGUGUUUUCCACAGAUGUAGCAGUGGCAGUAAAAGUCUUCAUUUUUUAGAAUAUGAAUUGGAAAGCAGCCUACUGAUAUUUCUGUCAAAUGGUGCAAUCAGGGUUCAGCAUAGUUAUGGAUUUUAAAAUCCAUUGAAAUUUUGUUUACAUAGUUGGAUUUGUUAUUAUUUAUCUCUUAAUGAAUGUGUAUAAUGUUUUUGCCCUUAUAAUUGGGUGCCUCAUUUUGUAGGUUACCGUCAUCAGCAUGAAAUGUGAUGGUGAUUAUGAAAAUACAUGUGAAUGCAUAUAUGGUCUAUUUAAAUGUAUGUUCAAACGCUUAAAUAUGUCAAAUUGUUUAUAGUAAAUAAAGACAAAAGUGUUACAUACAUUUUGUGUAUUCAGUGAUAAA